AUGGUGCACGACCUGCGGGUGAAAGCGGUGGCGCGCGCGCCGCGCCGGAGCGCCGUCCGCCAGGCAGCGCGCGGGGCUAGCGGCGACGACGGCAGUGAUUCUUCCUACUGCCCCCCAGCAGACAUCGGCAGUGAAGAAGAGUGGGAAGACUCAGCGAGCUCGGCGAGCAGCCACGCGUCGCAGCCAAAAAAAGGCCGGACUGAAGCCUUAGGGCAUCCGCGCACUCCGCGCGGUGCUGACGAAGAGGAGCCAGAGGUCGCCCCCCCCCCUCUAACGAAACGCGAGUUUGGCUCGUGGGGGGAGUUGAAGGACUAUCUCUCCGAAUAUUCGACAGCAAGCUACCAGAGCUUCCGCGUCCGCACUAACAACAAGGUGUCUGCGCGAAACAAGAAGAUCAAGGAGUCGGCGUCGACAAAGCCGUUGGUGCCAGAAGAGUGGGUGUUUUACGGGAAGACCUUUGUCUGCACGCAUGCAGGGAAGUACAAGGCUCGUGGUCAAGGCAAGCGGAAGCGCCAGCAGUCGAGGGCGCUGGAAUGUGAGGCACAGGUGGGUGAGCACACGUUCCGCCAGUACCCACGCAAUAGGAACGCGUUGGAGCCGGAGGUGCUUGCCACAGUGGACACGCUCCUAUUGAUGGUUGAUGCCACCCAUGGAACCAAUUCCUCCAAGUACAAGGUCUUCUCGAUUAUGGCUCACGACGUAUUCGGCAAAGGGCAGUUCGUUCAGCAUGCCGUGGUGCAAAACGAGCGGCUGCCGACGUUGCUAACAGCGCUAGAGGAGUUCAAGCGCAACAAUCCGGCCUGGACUCGGAUUCGGUGUGUCCUUAUCGACAAGGAUUUUACCGAGAUCUCAGUGCUGAAGAUGGUUUAUCACGACGCGGUGCUGCUACUUUGCCAGUUUCACGUCAUCAAGUAUCUCCGAGAGGAGAUUGCUUCAGCAGAAUAUGGAUUCAACGCGUGGCAGAAGCAGCAGCUACAAGGCUUGGUACAGCUUCUCGUCUACGCGAAGACGGAGCGAGAGUACAAGAGACUGCGGGACUAUAUGCAUUACAUCAUGGGAAUUGGUCGUCGAAGUGCGUCUGGUCGUACCGAGUUGGGUCCGGGUAGUUCUGAGUUGGGCGCUGGUAAUGCUGAGUUGGGCGCUGGUGAUGCUGAGUUGGAGUCUGAUGGUGCUGAAUUGGACGCGCAACUGGGUGCUGGCAGUGCGGAGUCGGGUGCCGAUGCAGAAAGCAAUGAUGAUGAUCCGCAGCAUCCCUUUGAGGCGUACUUCGUGAAAAACUGGGACAAGUGUCGGAGUAUGUGGUGUGCUUUCGAGCAUCAGAACGCAGUCACGCUCGGUAACGACACAAAGAACCGGAUUGAGGCAUUGUGGAAGCAACUCAAAGAUCUGGUGGACUCAUUCAUGGAAGUUGAUGAGUGUAUUGUUUCGAUUAUGUACUACCAAGCCCAGGAGGAGAAGAAGUUCAUGGACAGCUUGUUCAAGCUUUCCGUUGUGCACGACCCCAAGUAUGAUCGCGAAAUGCAGUUGCUUUCGAACUUGAUCAGCUCGCAUGCGUGUGAGCUCAUCUAUGAGCAGUAUGUGUUUGCGACUACACGAGACAAGUACAAGUACAAAGGGGCGGUCCCGGGUGUCUUUUUGGUGCAAUACGUAUCGGGCGAAGAGGACGCGCUCGAUGAACCAACGAGUAAAUACUUGGUGAUGAAGUGUGACUUGACGUGCUCGUGCAUGUUCAUGACGUCACGGCUGCUCCCAUGCCGCCAUGUCUUCUAUCUUGGGACGGCUCUCGGCUUUGAGAGCAUCAUUCCUGCCCAACUGCUACACCCGAGGUGGUUGCUGACGACGCUGCGCUCAAGCACCGACGCACCCCAGUUGCCUGGGGCACCUUUUGCUGUUUCUAGUGUUCUGCCGGAGCUAGGGCAAGUUGGGACUCGAAUCGAAAGUUCCGGGAGGCUAAUGCAGUCGCCUCUACCAUUAGCGAGCAUCUGA